UAACGCUUGGGCACGUCCAUCAGAGAAGAGUGAUGCGGUCUUAGGGCGUUUGGGUUCAACUUUAUGUAGACAUUUGUUAUCGAAUAUUCAAUUCAUGAGAAAAUCCGAUGAGACGCGUCCGACACUGCUGAUAACUGCAGACCAAGGAGGCUUUUAACUUAUGGAGAGUUAUCCCAGCGAAGCCCAAACCUGAGACUUAAUUCCAGCCAUGUCAGCUAACGGGAGUUCAGAGUCCAGCUGCAGGUCAGAGGUUAGACCCACCAAUAACACCUGUUUCCAGAAGGAACUGUCUAUCACUGCAUCAGUAAUCUCUAUGACUGUUGGCAUCUUCUCCAACAGCCUCGCUCUGUUUAUUCUGCUGAAAUCCUACAGCAGCAUCCGCACAAAGUCCAGGGCAUCCUUCCUGCUGUUUGCCAGCAGCCUGGUGAUCACAGAUCUGCUGGGUCACCUCAUUAAUGGAUCCCUGGUGCUUUUUGUGUACAGCGCUGAAAAGAAAUGGGAGAAUUUUGAUCCUUAUCAAAUCAUAUGCACCAUCUUUGGGGCGUGUAUGGUGUUCUUUGGCUUGAGCCCCUUGUUCCUGGGAAGUGCUAUGGCUGUGGAGCGCUGCAUUGGAGUCACCAGGCCUAUCUUCCACUCCACAGUGUUGGCAUCACACCACAUGAAAAGGCUCCUUGGGGUCAUCUGGCUGCUUGCUGCACUGGUGGCUGCGCUGCCUGUAAUGCUGUCGAGGCCCUACAAGGUUCAAAGCUCCAGGAGCUGGUGCUUUUUCCAUAUCGAGCAACCCAAAGACUGGCUGGAUGUGCUCCUGCCGCUGCUAUUUUCAUUGCUGGGGCUGCUGGCACUGCUGCUCUCCAUUGUCUGCAACACACUAACAAGCUGUGUUCUAAUACAGGCUAAACUGCGCCACAAGCAUCACUGCAGAAGCAUGCCUUAUCACAUAGAGAUGAUCUGCCAGCUCCUGGCUAUCAUGCUGGUGUCCUGCAUAUGCUGGGGCCCAUUACUGAUCCAUGUCACCAUUCUGAGUACCAGAGCCACAGAUGAGUCUCCAUCUUUUAGUCUGCUGACUAUACGCAUGGCUACGUGGAACCAGAUCCUGGACCCGUGGGUCUACAUCCUGCUGAGGAAGGCUGUUCUCAGGAAAAUCUUUGUGUUGCUUCACAGCUGUUGUGGCUUGAAAUUUUACACCCUCAAUUGGUGGCAGCGCAGUAUGCUCCACAGCUCAGUGGAGUCCAGCAGCUCCAGUGGUGCUCCAUCUGAUUGCCGCUGCCUCGGUAAAACACCUGUGCAUAAUGUUGUCAUCAAAUCCAUCACCUGAACCUUGUCCUGAGUCUUUUAUCUGAGAAUGCCAAGGUACUGAAAAACAAAAGGAAAGAAAAUCAUUUGGAAUACUAGAAGGACAUUUCUAAAGAAGGCUUAUCCUCAAACGAGGUCACUGUCCGAUUUGCAAUUUUAAAGUGACCCAGGUCUAAAACAAAAUUCCCUUGAUUCUUCCUUUGCAUGUGCUCUUCCUCUUUGCAAAGUUUCAUCCCAUUUCAGCUUGGUAGUCUCUUGCAGAUGAAUAAGACACACUGAGACACUAGAAGACUUUCAAAAAUGCACUUACACAAACCACAAAUGUUGUAACAUUUGCAAAAUGAUCACCAUAAAUUGUCACUAUUACUGUAUAUUGUGGUAUUGACUGUUUGUUCUAAACUUUUAGCCCCGCUUUCUGCAUCAGGGCCAUUAGACAAGUUCUAUCGAGAACUGUCACAGUGUUAGAGAUGAACUAACAGUCACUGUUAAGUCGUAGACAUUGUUUUAUUCAUUCCUGGCUUUGUCCCACAUGCAGCUCCAGCCUGCACCUUUGCACUAAUAUUUAUUGAUUGUGACUGAGUCUUCUUUGACCUUACAUGUUAACUUUUUAUUAUAAGGAUUCCAGUAUAAUGUGUUAAUCAUUUGGUUUGCACAGAUGUGCAUGACAUGAUAAACAUGCAAAAAAUUUAUAGAUAGACAGAUAGACUGCAAGGCGUGACCAAAUGAUCAUCCUCCACCAGCAUGCUGACAGUCACUAUGAUGUGUUUGUGCUAAUAUUGUGCUAUACUUUGUUUUCAUCAAACAUGGCUGUGCAUUAAUGCCAAACAUCUCUACUUUGGUGUUGUCUGUCCAAAGCACAUUAUUCAAGAGGUCUUGUGAUUUGUUCAAAUGCGACUUUGCAAACUUAAGCCAUGUUGCUUUCAUGCUUUUAAAGAGAAGAGGCUUUCCACUGGUAACCCUGGCAUUUAGCAGGACCAGAAGCAGUAAGUGUAUACCAGUACUUAGUGUUUCACAGGACUGUUUUACCUGAAGCAAAUAUUUUGUGUUGAAAGUCUAGUUGAUGUUUAAAACAAGCUUUUCCCAACAAUUUCACCACAACAGAAAACUCUUGCUCAUUGAGUGUUUUGAAUGUUAUCAAGUGUUUUCUUUUGUUAUAGUGUGUGAGCUGUUAACGAUAUGGUCUAUACUGUACCAGCCUUUAAACAAUGUAAGCCUGCAUUAUGUUAUAACAUGGACCAAUUGAAAACAUGAGUUUUGCCUGAAUCAGUACAUAAGUUUGAUGUUUUAAAUGGUUCGGGUGUGUGUUGUGCUUUUCUUUCAAAAUCUUGUAAGAAUGAUCAGAGUAAGAAGUUUCUGAUUGAAGUAUAGAACGCUGCAUUCAAGUGUGAUCAUGAUCAGAACGAAAUCGGAUGUUUUGAGAGGAUAGUCUUUCAGCAGAUAGGUAGUCUGCUGGUAGGUGCAUUAUCACUUUGUAAAUGUGAUUUUUUUGCACCGCUGCUUCUGUAUCAUGCCACAUUUUUUUUUGCAAAAAACUAAAAAACUUUCCAAUGUGUUUGUCCUGUACUGUGUAAUAAAACGGAAAAUGGAAAAACAAACCAUAAACAUUAAAGAGAAAAUGGUGAAAA